CGGCGCGCAAGAUGGCGGCGGGCCCGGGCACCGCCCCUUCCGCCCCGCCGGGCGUCGCACGAGGCCGGCUCGAAGGGGAAGUGAGUCAGUGUCCGCGGACCCGGCCGGCCCAGGCCCGCGCCCGCCGCGGCCCUGAGAGGCCCCGACAGGUCCCGGCCCGGCGGCGGCGGCCAUGGCCGGGGGGCCGGGCCCGGGGGAGUCCGCAGCCCCCGGCGCCCAGCACUUCUUGUACGAGGUGCCGCCCUGGGUCAUGUGCCGCUUCUACAAAGUGAUGGACGCCCUGGAGCCCGCCGACUGGUGCCAGUUCGGUGGGUGGCGGCGGGCUGCCGGGGGGCGGGAGGCGCGCGGGCUCCUGGCGCCGACGCCUGACGCCCCCCGCCCCGCAGCCGCCCUGAUCGUGCGCGACCAGACCGAGCUGCGGCUGUGCGAGCGCUCCGGGCAGCGCACGGCCAGCGUCCUGUGGCCCUGGAUCAACCGCAACGCCCGUGUGGCCGACCUCGUGCACAUCCUCACGCACCUGCAGCUGCUCCGUGCGCGGGACAUCAUCACAGCCUGGCACCCUCCCGCCCCGCUUCCGUCCCCAAGCACCACUGCCCCGAGGCCCAGCAGCAUCCCUGCACCCGCCGAGGCCGAGGCCUGGAGCCCCCGGAAGUUGCCAUCCUUAGCCUCCACCCUCCUCUCCCCAGCUUUUCCAGGCUCCCAGACCCAUUCAGGGCCUGAGCUCGGCCUGGUCCCAAGCCCUGCUUCCCUGUGGCCUCCACCGCCAUCUCCAGCCCCUUCCUCUACCAAGCCAGGCCCAGAGAGCUCAGUGUCCCUCCUGCAGGGAGCCCGCCCCUCUCCGUUUUGCUGGCCCCUCUGUGAGAUUUCCCGGGGCACCCACAACUUCUCAGAGGAGCUCAAGAUCGGGGAGGGUGGCUUUGGGUGCGUGUACCGGGCGGUGAUGAGGAACACGGUGUAUGCUGUGAAGAGGCUGAAGGAGGACGCUGACCUGGAGUGGACUGCAGUGAAGCAGAGCUUCCUGACCGAGGUGGAGCAGCUGUCCAGGUUUCGUCACCCAAACAUUGUGGACUUUGCUGGCUACUGUGCUCAGAACGGCUUCUACUGCCUGGUGUACGGCUUCCUGCCCAACGGCUCCCUGGAGGACCGUCUCCACUGCCAGACUCAGGCCUGCCCGCCUCUCUCCUGGCCUCAGCGACUGGACAUCCUUCUGGGUACAGCCCGGGCAAUUCAGUUUCUACAUCAGGACAGCCCCAGCCUCAUCCAUGGAGACAUCAAGAGUUCCAACGUCCUUCUGGAUGAGAGGCUGACACCCAAGCUGGGAGACUUUGGCCUGGCCCGGUUCAGCCGCUUUGCCGGGUCCAGCCCCAGCCAGAGCAGCAUGGUGGCCCGGACACAGACAGUGCGGGGCACCCUGGCCUACCUGCCCGAGGAGUACAUCAAGACGGGAAGGCUGGCUGUGGACACGGACACCUUCAGCUUUGGGGUGGUAGUGCUAGAGACCUUGACUGGUCAGAGGGCUGUGAAGACGCACGGUGCCAGGACCAAGUAUCUGAAAGAUCUGGUGGAAGAGGAGGCUGAGGAGGCUGGAGUGGCUUUGAGAAGCACCCAGAGUACACUGCAAGCAGGUGUGGCUGCAGAUGCCUGGGCUGCUCCCAUCGCCAUGCAGAUCUACAAGAAGCACCUGGACCCCAGGCCCGGGCCCUGCCCACCUGAGCUGGGCCUGGGCCUGGGCCAGCUGGCCUGCUGCUGCCUGCACCGCCGGGCCAAAAGGAGGCCUCCUAUGACCCAGGAGAACUCCUACGUGUCCAGCACUGGCAGUGCCCACAGUGGGGCUGCCCCAUGGCAGCCCCUGGCAGCGCCAUCAGGAGCCAGUGCCCAGGCAGCAGAGCAGCUCCAGAGAGGCCCCAACCAGCCCGUGGAGAGUGACGAGAGCCUCGGCGGCCUCUCUGCUGCCCUGCGCUCCUGGCACUUGACUCCAAGCUGCCCUCUGGACCCAGCACCCCUCAGGGAGGCCGGCUGUCCUCAGGGGGCCACGGCGGGAGAAUCGAGCUGGGGGAGUGGCCCAGGAUCCCGGCCCACAGCCGUGGAAGGACUGGCCCUUGGCAGCUCUGCAUCAUCAUCGUCAGAGCCACCGCAGAUUAUCAUCAACCCUGCCCGACAGAAGAUGGUCCAGAAGCUGGCCCUGUACGAGGAUGGGGCCCUGGACAGCCUGCAGCUGCUGUCGUCCAGCUCCCUCCCAGGCUUGGGCCUGGAACAGGACAGGCAGGGGCCCGAAGAAAGUGAUGAAUUUCAGAGCUGAUGUGUUCACCUGGGCAGAUCCCCCAAAUCCGGAAGUCAAAGUUCUCAUGGUCAGAAGUUCUCAUGGUGCACGAGUCCUCAGCACUCUGCAGGCAGUGGGGGUGGGGGCCCAUGCCCACGGGGGAGAGAAGGCGGUGGCCCUGCUGUUCUAGGCUCUGUGGGCAUAGGCAGGCAGAGUGGAACCCUGCCUCCAUGCCAGCAUCUGGGGGCAAGGAAGGCUGGCAUCAUCCAGUGAGGAGGCUGGCGCAUGUUGGGAGGCUGCUGGCUGCACAGACCCGUGAGGGGAGGAGAGGGGCUGCUGCGCAGGGGUGUGAAGUAGGGAGCUGGCUCCCCUGAGAGCCAUGCAGGGCGUCUGCAGCCCAGGCCUCUGGCAGCAGCUCUUUGCCCAUCUCUUUGGACAGUGGCCACCCUGCACAAUGGGGCCGAUGAGACCUAGGGCCCUCCUACCUGCUUACAAUUUGGAAAAGUGUGGCCAGGUGCGGUGGCUCACACCUGUAAUCCCAGCACUUUGGGAGGCCAAGGCAGGAGGAUCGCUGGAGCCCAGUAGGUCAAGACCAGCCAGGGCAACAUCUCUGCAAAAAAAUUUUUUAAACAAUUAGCCUGGUGUGGUAGCGCACGCCUGUGGUCCCAGCUGCUGGGGAGGCUGAAGUAGGAGGAUCAUUUAUGCUUGGGAGGUCGAGGCUGCAGUGAGUCAUGAUUGUAUGACUGCACUCCAGCCUGGGUGACAGAGCAAGACCCUGUUUCAAAAAGAAAAACCCUGGGAAAAGUGAAGUAUGGCUGUAAGUCUCAUGGUUCAGUCCUAGCAAGAAGCGAGAACUCUGAGAUCCUCCAGAAAGUCGAGCAGCACCCACCUCCAACCUCGGGCCAGUGUCUUCAGGCUUUACCGGGGACCUGGGAGCUGGCCUAAUGUGGUGGCCUGCAAGCCAGGCCAUCCCUGGGCGCCACAGACGAGCUCCGAGCCAGGUCAGGCUUCGGAGGCCACAAGCUCAGCCUCAGGCCCAGGUACUGAUUGUGGCAGAGGGGCCACUACCCAAGGUCUAGCUAGGCCCAAGACCUAGUUACCCAGACAGUGAGAAGCCCCAGGAAGGCAGAAAAGUUGGGAGCAUGGCAGACAGGGAAGGGAAACAUUUUCAGGGAAAAGACAUGUAUCACAUGUCUUCAGAAGCAAGUCAGGUUUCAUGUAACCGAGUGUCCUCUUGCGUGUCCAAAAGUAGCCCAGGGCUGUAGCACAGGCUUCACAGUGAUUUUGUGUUCAGCCAUGAGUCACACUACAUGCCCCCGUGAAGCUGGGCAUUGGUGAAGUCCAGGUUGUCCUUGAGUAAUAAAAACGUAUGUUGCAA